AGCUAGAUUUUACUUUCAGAAAUACUCAUCCACCACAGAAGGGGAAAAAUCCCAUGGAGAUAAAUAUUUUAAGCUUGUAAUAAGCAGGGCCAAACUUGGUUUCCAUGCAAAAAAAUCACAUCUAAAUUUGUAACCAUGCGGAGCUCCUUACUCUCUAUUUUAUCAUUAAAUAUGCAUUAGACCAAUAUAAUAUCUAGCUGAAUCAUUCUGUCAUGCUCAAAACCUGGCAAACAUAUUCUGCUUCAUUUCAAUGCAUCCUUUGAACAGAUCCGGAUGCUGAGGUGGUAGCACUUUCUCCAAGGACUUUAAUGGCCACAAAUAGGUAUAUCUGUGAGGUGUGUCAUAAAGGAUUCCAGAGAGAUCAGAAUCUUCAGCUCCACAGGAGAGGUCACAACUUGCCCUGGAAACUUAAGCAAAGGCCAACCACGCAAAUCAAGAAGAGAGUCUAUGUCUGCCCUGAGCCAACUUGUAUGCACCAUGACCCAAGCCGAGCUCUAGGUGACUUGACAGGCAUAAAAAAGCAUUUCUGCAGAAAACAUGGAGAAAAGAAAUGGAAGUGCGACAAAUGCUCAAAGUGUUAUGCUGUUCAAUCAGACUGGAAGGCGCACACAAAGAUUUGUGGCACCAGAGAGUAUCGCUGUGAUUGUGGUACAAUUUUCUCAAGAAAGGAUAGCUUCAUCACGCAUAGAGCUUUCUGUGAUGCAUUGGCAGAGGAAAAUUACAAAGCAAAUCAGAAUCUUGCUGCAACAGGAGGAAUACUUCAGAGCCAAGUGCCAGAGCUAGUCACUUCAACAAUGCCCAGCUCCAUCUCCUGCUCAAAGAAAAACUCAAUAAUGAAUCUGACAAAUCCUUAUGAGAACAUUGACAUUUCUUUGAGGCCGCUAUCCUUGAACUCAGAUAGGUUACUGAUGCCAAGUAAGUUAAGUCCAAUGCUUAACCCAAGAGCUUCAUUGGCAUGUCUGAACUCUCCAGAUGAAUCAAAUGUUUCUCCUAUGGCUAUUGGCGCCCCUUAUACCUCUGCAACAGCUCUCUUACAGAAAGCUGCAGAAAUGGGCACUAAGAUCAGCGAUAAUUCUAUUUCUCCAAUUCUCCUCAGAGGAUUUACUGGAUACUCAACAAGCCGCAUGAACUCAUCCGGUUCAGCACAUGAAGGUUCAGUGAUAGUCAGCAGCAAUAUGGGACCAACUGCCGCAAGCAUGAAUAACUUAUUUGUGGGAGAGACAGAAUUUGAUGAGAACUUCAAUCCAGGAUAUCCAAGGAACGGUUAUAGCAUAUCACAAACUCAAUUUUGUGAGUCUCCUCUCAAUAUGCACCCAGAAAGUAGGAACAAUGUCAACAUCCUGAGAGGAGAAGUAUAUACUGAAGGAGGCAAAAAAAUGACUCUUGAUUUCCUAGAGGUGGAACCAAUCGAGCACUCAACUAUUGGAAAGAAAAGACACUACGAAGGCAACAUUAUGGAGUUAGGAUACUCGAAUCCUCACCAAAAUUUGCACAGUUCGAAUUCAGAGUGGAAACAAGGAUACCAUUAGCCCAUCUCUGUUUUCAGUCUUUACUGUGCAGAAGCCAACAAGACAUGCACUUAAAAGUAAGCAAAAUGUUGUUUACAAACCACCAAUAUCUAGUUAUCUAGAAAAUUUCCACACCA